AUGGCAUCAUUCAGCCAGAAAACUCCAGUCAUGGCUCUUGAUGAGGGAUCGCGUCGGGUCUACGGUGUCGCUCCGGAGUACCAAUUAAUCUCAGAGGAUCCCGUCUACGGUUUCGGUUACUCUUGCCGUCUAAUGGGUAGUUGUGUGCAAGCAUAUGCAAAGACGAAGAAGGCAGCCAAACACUUGGCUGCACGAGCUAUGCUUCAUGAAGUCAUCAAAAAGGAUCGGCAUGUUGAUUUCAAUAUACCAGGUCAAUCUCAGGAAGAAGCCCAUAAAGCAGUGGAUGGUCUUAUGAUUGGCGACAGUCGGACUGAAAAUUCCUGUGACGAAUCUUCUUCCCCUGGUGGCCAAAAUGAAAAUUAUUCCGGGAAACUGCUGCAGUUGUGCCAGAGGAAAAAAUUCGAUAUACCUCAAUACAGUCACAGAGAAGAGGGACCUCCAAAUGACAGGACUUUUAUCACUACUUGUAAGGUAGGCACUCACUUUUCUAGACUAUGUCUUUCUUUAAAAACAAGACAACAAAAAGAGUCAAGCUCCUAA